GCCUUUUAUAUGUUUCAAAGUUCUGUUCUUUCUUAUGUUCGUCUGCUUCAAACAAGCUUAUGGAUAAAAUGAAUAACCAAUAUGUUGCCUUGGCAGUUUCACUUGCAGAGAGUCCUUGAAUUGUACGAUUUAAUAGCUGAAGUGAACAAUUAAUAAGAUGGCUUCCACACUGUUUAGAACUAUUCAAAUCCACCCGUUUUCGCUCUACCCAACUGCAAUAUGUAGGAGAAGGAACGGUGUUCUUUACUGCACAAUGAAAAGUACUCAAACUCAAACAGCAACACAAGAAAAGCAACAGCCUCCCAAAGUCAAAGUCUCACAACAUACCCAGAGCAAAACACUUGACAAGAUUACAAGAGACUAUGAGGCAAUAAUUGGGAUAGAGACACAUGUCCAGCUCUCAACUCUCACCAAGGCUUUUUGUAGUUGUCCUUACAAUUAUGGAUCCCAACCAAAUACCAGUAUCUGCCCCAUUUGCAUGGGAUUGCCUGGUGCCUUGCCGGUUUUAAAUUCAAAAGUGAUUGAAUUCGCAGUGAAAUUGGGUCUUGCACUCAAUUGCAAGCUAUCUCUGAACUCAAAGUUUGAUAGAAAGCAGUACUUCUAUCCUGACCUUCCAAAGGGUUACCAAAUAUCUCAGUUUGAUAUCCCAAUUGCAACUGGUGGUUACAUUGAUUUGGAUCUUCCUCUUGAGUUUGGUGGUGGUCAUAGGAAGUUUGGUAUUACCAGAGUUCACAUGGAGGAGGAUGCAGGGAAGCUACUUCAUUCUGGAAAUGGAGAUUAUUCUCAGGUUGAUCUAAAUAGAGCAGGGGUGCCCUUGCUUGAGAUUGUUUCUGAACCUGAUAUGAGAACUGGGAUUGAAGCUGCUGAAUAUGCAGCAGAGUUACAGAGGGUGGUUCGAUACUUGGGAGUGAGUAAUGGAAAUAUGCAAGAAGGCUCACUUCGCUGUGAUGUAAAUGUAUCAAUUCGACCAGUUGGGCAAUCAGAGUUUGGGACAAAGGUUGAGAUAAAAAAUUUGAACUCAUUUUCAUCAAUUAACCGGGCCAUUGAUUUCGAGAUAUCAAGGCAGGCGCUUCUCCAUACUCAAGGCCAUGAUGAUCAAAUUGUACAGGAAACUCGUCUAUGGGAAGAAGGUGCUCAGAAAACAGUUACAAUGAGGAAGAAGGAAGGACUUGCUGAUUAUCGUUAUUUCCCAGAACCAGACCUCCCCGAAGUUAUUCUCACUCAGGAAUAUGUUGAUGGCAUCCGCAAUUCUUUGCCAGAACUUCCAGAAAUGAAGCGUCGGAGGUAUGAGAAGAUGGGCCUAAGCAUGCAGGAUGUUCUUUUCCUGGCAAAUGACGUAAAUGUGGCAGAAUACUUUGAUGCAACAAUUUCAAGGGGUGCUGACAUUAAGUUGGCUGCCAAUUGGAUAAUGGGUGAUAUUGCUGCCUAUAUGAAAAAUGAAAAGCUUUCUAUUAAUGAGAUCAAACUUAUGCCAGAAGAGCUAGUAGAGCUGAUAGCUUCCAUUAAAGGUGGGACUAUCAGUGGAAAGAUUGGAAAGGAGAUAUUGUUUGAGCUGCUAGCCAAAGGUGGUACCGUCAAGGGACUGAUAGAAGAGAAGGAUCUGGUUCAGAUAGUAGAUCCUGUUGAGAUUGGGAAAAUGGUAGAUAAAGUGCUGUCAGAAAACCCAAAGCAGCUAGAACAAUAUCGUGGUGGCAAAACUAAGCUACAGGGUUUUUUUGCCGGUCAGGUAAUGAAAAUAUCAAAAGGCAAAGCAAACCCCGUCCUUUUGAACAAAAUCCUUUUGGAGAAAUUAAAUGCCAAAAGCUGAAAAGUUUCUUGUAGGUAUCAGAUGGAUUUUUUUUUCAAAAAUAAAUAAAAACAGUAAUAAUAGUAGAUACAGGUGCAUGCCCAUGCAAACAUAUUCUCUUCCCCAAGAAACUUUCUUGUACUCUUCUGUUCUUGGUCUAUCCUUUCUCCAGCUUGAUAAUGCAUUGAAGUUUGGCUGAUUGGUUGUGAGCUCGUGAUGCUCCACCAAUAAAAGGUUCAGAUACCAUAGCAGCCAAAGAAAGUUCUGCCUGUGAAUCAUAUUAUGUACUGAGAGGUGGGGCAGAUCGAAAUCUGAUUCAUUUUGGGAGUCAUCAAUUGCGAGUUCAUGUAAUACUUUACAUGGCACCAUCUUGUAGUAGAUUACAUGAAAAUCUCCUUUCUCUUGGACUAAUUCUUUUUGUAGGAUAACUUGUAUCAUUAAAAGGAACAAAUGAGAUAUUAAAAGACUGAUGACUGCCUCUUGUAACUUUAUAAUGAUUUAUUAUAUCAGCAGAUGGCAGGCCAUGUUUGAUAGUAAGAUGGAGAAAGUAGGGUGUUCUUUUCGGAAUUCAA